CGAGCGAGACAAGGCAUCCGCUCCCACUCCAAACAGGCAUAACGAGUCUUUCCUUAGAAUCUGCUAGCAUUCUACCGAAGAGAAGCAACAAGUGAUGCUACAAUUAAAGGUUCAUUUGAAAACUUCAUGUGAAGUUUCCAUGUGUCUGAGGGUGAUGUAACAUUCAGCUCUACCAGAUGGCGCUAAGUGCAUAAUAUGUAAGUCCAGAUACCCCUUCUUCAUUGAUCAAAACUUGAAAACUUGUGAGGGGGAAAACUACCUUCAGAUGAAAAGAAAUCGGCUGGAUAUCACCAAAGAAUGCCUGACAACAUUGAAAGUCCAAACACAGGCAGAUGUUUGAUUUGUUCUCUGUAACUGUUUCUUAUUGUUUCAAGUUGAAGACUAUGCCUGCUUUGAACCAACAAAUGCUCUUGUCUUGACACUGGAAAGAACUCUGAUUUUCUUCUGAGUAUGGUUUACUGCUUAUUGUACCCAGAGAAGGGGGAAGGGAAGUCAGUCUUGGGAAUGUAACUAGCAGAAAUGUUAAAUUCAUUACAAUCAAACAAGGUGUUCACUCGAUUUCAGUCACAGGACCAUUUAUCAAGAUUGGUGGUAAAAAAGUUACCUGUCUGUCAUGCAUGAGAAUGCACCGGCUAGCUGUGGACAUCUCUGACAUGGGGGUGCUGCUUCGAGGGGUCAUGGCGUUGGCUCUACUGUCUGCCACGGUGUGCACAUGUCCCAAGCUCUGCCACUGCUUGGAGCGUGGUGGCCAGACCAGCGUCCAGUGCUCAUCACGCGACCUGCGUGCCAUUCCGGCGGACCUCCCCGAGGACACAGUCAGCCUGCACCUGGCGUCCAACCGCAUCACACGUGUGCCAAGCCAGGCUUUCGUGCGGCUGUGGCGGUUGCAGGAGCUGGACCUGUCGGGCAACGCCAUCGAGGCCGUGGAGGAGGGCGCCUUCCAGGGCGUGGCGGAGAGCCUGCGGGCGCUUGACCUGUCCGACAACCGGCUACGCACCUUGCCCAAGGAGGCCUUCGGCCGGCUCCGUGCCAAGAUCAGCCUGUCGGGCAACCCCUGGCACUGCGAGUGCACACUGCAGGAGGUGCUCCGCGAGCUCCGCCUGGACGAGCACACGGUCAACGAGGUCAGCUGUCACACAGCCGUGCGGGAGGAGUUCGCCGGACGGCCUAUCAUUCAGGUGCUGGACUCGGGGGUCAACUUCUGCAGUUUCCAACGCAAGACUACCGACGUGGCCAUGUUUGUCACCAUGUUCGGCUGGUUCGCCAUGGUAAUCGCCUAUGUGGUCUACUAUGUUCGGCACAAUCGUGAAGAUGCACGGCGACAUCUGAAGUACCUCAAGGCACUGCCCAACAGCUCACAGAGCAGCUCAAAGGACUCUGACACAGCCAGCACUGUGCUCUAGUGUGUGUGUGUGUGUGUGUGUGUGUGUGUGUGAGAGAGAGGGAGUGAGGGACACAUUAU